AUGGCGGCCGCAGACGUUGCUCCCCAAUUUGGAGCAGAGCUGAAGGAUUCCUUCAAACCAGUUAACAAUUGGGUAUCAAAUGGUAUAUCAUGGGUAGACGAGAUACACCAAUUCUACCGCGAGCGCAGUGUCAUUGAGAAGGAAUACGCAUCCAAGUUAACGGCCCUGUGCAAGAAGUACUAUGACCGCAAGUCGAAGAAGAUCAGCCCCUUGAGUGUAGGCGAUACACCCACCUUGACCCCCGGCUCCCUCGAAAGCGCAUCGCUCACUACUUGGACUACACAAUUGAACGCCGUGGAAUCACACGCCGCUGAACGGGACAAGUUUGCGUCAGAAUUGGUCGUGCAAGUGGCGGAUCCUCUGAAACAAGCUGCCACCCAAUAUGAAGAGAUUCGCAAAUGCCAUGUUGAAUACUAUGGCAAGUUAGAAAAGGAACGGGAGGCAGCAUAUGGCGAUCUCAAAAAAGCGAAGGGCAAAUACGAUGGCGCAUGCCAGGAGGUCGAAUCUCGCAGAAAGAAAAUGGAGUCCGCGUUCGAUCAUGGCAAGACCAAAGCACAAACAGCAUAUCAACAACAAAUACUGGAGAUGAACAACUAUAAGAAUCUCUAUCUCAUCAGCAUCAAUGUGACAAAUAAGCUGAAGGAGAAAUUCUAUCAUGAAUAUGUCCCCGAGGUGAUCGAUGGGUUACAAAACCUCAAUGAAACGAGAGUCGCAAAAAUGAACGUGAUGUGGUCGCUUGCCGCGCAACUUGAAAAGGCAUCCCUUUCCAACAGCACAGAGCACAUCGCUAAUCUUCUUGUCGAAAUUCCUCGCAAUAACCCGCGUCUGGACUCCUUGAUGUUCCUCCAGCACAAUGUGACUCAAUCGCAGGAACCUGCGAACCUAGCAUUUGAGCCGAGUCCAGUAUGGCACGACGAAGCUACAAUCGUCAUCGAUGAAGCAGCCAAGGUCUUCCUGCGCAACGUUCUGAGUAAGAGCAAAGCUCAAAUCCACGAACUACGAGUUGAGUCAGACCGGAAGAAGCGCGAGGUUGAAGGAAGCAAGAAAGUACGGGAAAAUAUUCAACAUGGCAAAGAUAAUCGAAACGAGUUAGAUGUCGUGCGAUCCAUGUUCUACAUUCAAGAAUCCUUGCACGAGGUUGAUCGCAAAUGGGUUACAGCCGAGGUAGAAACGGCGACCAUCAUGGCAGUGGCUGGAGAUUUGUCACUUGGAGCCCAGAACCACAAUUUCCGCUCUCAGACAUUCAAAAUCCCGACAAAUUGCGACCUUUGCGGCGAGCGAAUCUGGGGCCUGUCCGCCAAGGGCUAUGAUUGUCGAGAUUGUGGUUACACCUGCCAUAGUAAAUGCCAAAUGAAGGUUCCGCCGGAGUGCCCGGGCGAGCAAACCAAGGAAGAGAAGAAAAAGCUCAAGGCCUUGCGACAAGAACAGGCUGGUGCCAUGCCUGCUGUGGAUAUCGGCACCCCUGCAGCUUCCGCUGCCGCCCCGUCCCUGACGCGACAAAAUACAAUGAACUCUCUUAGCUCAGGAUAUGCGGCCAGUACGGCUCGGUCGGUAUCGAACAUUGCUACUCAGCCCACACCUGAAAUCCCAGCAGAAGAACCCCCGGCUCCCGUUGCACAGACAAAGCCAGCUGCCGCUGCCACAAAGAGGAACCGAGUGCUAGCACCACCUCCGACAGCAUACAUGACUGCACCUCCGCCCAGCGACUCUGGCAUGGGCUCGAGAUCCAAAGAGCCACGAGGUAAGAUGCUGUACGCGUAUCAAGCCACCGGCUCAGAUGAGGUCAGCGUGGAAGAUGGGGAUGAGGUGGUGAUCCUCCAACCAGAUGAUGGUUCUGGAUGGCUGCGUGUACGCUCGGGGGCCAACGAAGGACUUGUACCGGCCGCAUAUGUCGAAGCUGCCCCAACACCAUCACCCGUGCCAUCCGCUAGUCCCAGUAUGCCUGAACGACCCGGUUCAACGUACUCAAAUUCAUCGGCAUCCCUGGCAGGAAGCGCCGCGCCGAAGCGUGUCGGACCAGCGGUCGCGCCCAGACGAGGGGCCAAGAAAUUGCAGUAUGUCGAGGCAUUAUACGAGUACGAAGCCCGCAGCGAUAUGGAGUGGAAUAUGGCAGAGGGCGACCGAUUUGUUCUAAUCAACCGGGAUAGUGGUGAUGGAUGGGCCGACGUCGAACGGGGUGGUGUUACGAAGAGCGUUCCAGCAAACUACAUCCAGGAGGUAUAG